AUGCUUCGAUCGUUGUACCUGGUAGCUGCGAUUUUCUUCUUACUAAUCUCCUAUGGCGAGAAUGCACUCUUGUAUCCAGAGAGGACACUGUUCCAGCUGGAGCCUACAAUAAUACCGGCCAGGCAGAUGAGGGAUUUGAAUCUCCAGGACACUUAUGGGACCAUCGAAAACAUAUUGGACCGGCACGGCUGGCAGGACGGCAGGGAGUGUCUUUUAAGGACCAUUUGCGAGCUCGCGGAGACACCGUUUGGCAGGAUACGGGGCCAGGACGUCCUCCAGGAGGUGAUCCACUUAAUUUUAACGCCGACGGAGGACUUGCCAGGGACAGCCAAUUCCACUCACCAGAGCGUCGACGAAUUGUAUCAGGAAGCGGAACGAUUGGGAAGAUCUGGCGGUGACUGCAUCUUGGCCUAUCCCGAUUGCAUCGACUCGCCCUUGGAAUCAUUCACGGAGAUCGUGUUCUCCUGA